UAUUUCGACACGAACGAUUAAAUGGCGUGCCUCUGUCGCAUGAAAUACCCACAGCCCAUUCAGAACAGAGCAAUUACCAAUGUUGUUGAUCUGCCUUGACGUUCGUUCGUAUGAUAAACAUAACAACAUAUUCGACCAUAUAAACUCUCGCCACGAUGGCUCCUUCUGCUAAUAAACCAGACUCGUACCGCCAGAAUGAGACAGGCUCUCGACAUGCGCAGGUCGACAGCAUCAUUCUGGUGGUCACCUCCAUUGACGAAGUUCCAGUGACUGUUGAACGGAAGCCAUUCAUUCAGCCUGGGGACGACGAGAGACUUCCUGACGCCGGGAACUACCGAGAGAAAUGGGCUACGGACCACCGUCAUAAGACUGUGCCUAUGCCAAUCCCCUUCCUGCUCAGUCGCGAAGAUACGCAACGAGGUCGCAUUGAACCUGCUGCCAAGUUGUCCAACGACCCAGCGCUGGCCUUCCAAUAG